AGAGUGUUUUAUAUUUUUUUAUAUUAAAAAACUAAAUAACUAUAAUCAGGUCAACAAACUAUUAUUAUUAUUAUUAUUACAAUUGUUCAAAUUUUAAAUAUAAAACAAAUAAUAAAAACAAAUAAUAUAGUGUUAAUAUUCAAAAUUUAAUUUAAAUUAAAUUAAAUCAAAUAAAAAUAAUAUAAAAUAUAUAUAUAUAAAUAUAAUAAAUUAAAAUGGAUUCAAUUAAAAGUUUAUUAGGUGAUAAACAACCAGAAAAAGAGCCAUCAGUAUGGGAUGAUUUAAAUAAUCAAUGCUCACUUACAUUUACACAAAGAGUUAUUGGUUUUGGUAUUUGUGCUGGUUUAGGUUUACUUUUUGCAUUUUUGUCUUUUAUUUUCAUAUUAUCACCAACAUCAUUUGCUUUUCUUUUUACAGUUGGUGAUAUUUUAAUGGUUUUAGCCACUGGUUUUAUUGUUGGUCCAGUUAAACAAUUUAAAAACAUGAUGGAACCACAUCGUUUAAUCUGUGCUAUUGUUUUCAUUGCUUCAAUGGCUCUUACUUUAACUGCAGUUUUCUUAGGCUGGAGCUUUAUCAUUGUUAUUUUCUUUAUUAUUUUACAAAUCUGUGCUUUAUUAUACUACACAUUCAGUUAUAUUCCAUACGGAAGACAAUGUUUAAGAGGACUUUGUUCAGGAGUUGCAUCUGUAUAA